AUGGCGUCGUGUGGCGGCGAUGGUGCGUCGAACACCGUUACCUCCGAAGACCAAGUAGAGAGGAAAACAGGGGCGGUGUCAUUUGGUUUUACUAAAACGGUUAAUAAAUUCAAAUCGCACAGUGACGCCGCGUCCAAAGAGCAGGAUGACCGAGAUUACCUGACCGGUAUUGACGGGAAAGAGUUGCAGAGCACAAAGCCAACAGAGAAGAAGAAAGAGCUCAUCAUCCCUCUCAUUCAGAAGAACCGCUGGUGCAGACCGGCUGGGACGGGCCAAGCUACUCAGGAACAUGAAGCCAGAACAGAACAAGCAACUCCAGAACUCAACUCUGUGGAAUCUCAGGCUGUCAGAGAGCUUAUUGAAGAAUCCAAGAGGCAGUCUGAGAUGUGGGAAAAUGGGUCUCAACCAGACCAAGACCUUUCCAUACCCUUGUUGAUGCAAAACCAUGUGCCCCAGGGAUUUGAGGAUGGAGAAAAAAUUCAAGUGGACCUACGACCUGAAUCUUCCACAGAGGCAGAUUACGAGAGCAUUCCUGUUGAGGCGUAUGGACUAGCGAUGCUGAAGGGAAUGGGAUGGAAAGAAGGGGAAGGCAUUGGACGCACCUUUAAACAAAACAUAAAGCCGAUCGAGCAUCAGCUCCGGCCAAAAGGUUUGGGCCUCGGAGCCGAUCGUUCAGCCAUCAGGGAUCUGGAGCCCAGCAGACGUCGACGCCCCCCCAAGCCCGGCGAGGAGCAGGAGAAGGAGGAGGCCUUGGUCCUGGGGCCUGGGGGCUGUGUGCUGGUGGAGUCUGGGGCACACAAAGACCUGUAUGGGAAGAUAGAGGGCGUUGAUCCGGACAAUGCCCGAGUUGUGGUGAAGCUGGCAAUCGGCGGCAAGACCGCAACAAUCAGCCAGUACGCUUUAAAACUGGUUGAUCGCAAAGAGUACGAGAAGUACAGCAAGGACCUCAGUCGUCUCAGCAAAGCCCACAAAGACAAGGAGAAGGAAAAGGAGAAACAGAGACGGGAUGAGAAAGAGAGGAAGCAUAACGGCCACGACGAAAGGGUGAAACACAGAUCGUCAGAGAGAGACAGGGACGGAAGGAAAGAUGAGAGGAAAAGAAAACACAAAGACGCAAGCCCAGACAGAGAGAAGCCUAUGCCGAAGGAGACAAGGGGACCACUGGCUGCCCCCUCCUGGCUCCAGAGAGACCUGAGAGUGCGAUUCGUUGACAGAGCUUUUAAGGGGGGCAGAUACUACAACUCAAAGAUGCGCAUUGAGGACGUCCUGAUGCCGAGUACCUGCGUGUGUCGAACCGAAGAUGGGAGAUUGCUGGACGAUGUGAAGCAGGAAAUGCUGGAAACCGUCGUGCCGAAGAACGACUCCGAUGUCAUAAUGGUCAUACUGGGCGAACACAGGGGACAGGUGGGCCGUGUCCUCCAGCGGGACAGAGACAGGUGCAGAGCAAUGGUACAGCUGGAUCGGUAUGAAGAGGUGUUCACGCUGGAUUACGAUUCUAUCUGCCAUUAUCUGGGAGAACACUGACCUCCCCCCAUCCCAUCCUCAUUUUAAUCGCUUCCCUUUCCCGUCCCGAUUCCAGCCCUCUUUUCUGUGUAAUGCUCUUAAUAAUUUUCCGAAGAGACCUUGUUUCACUAUAUUGUUUUUGUAAUAAAAUGAUGGAAAGAAUUUCAUUUGUAAAGAUUGUCUUUACGGAUGCUCAGUAGUCCAGGAGCUGAUUCAACUUGCUUUGCUUUGUAAAGAUUAUUAAAAUAAG